AUGUACAGCUUCGAAGGGGAAUUUCGUCGAGGACCUGUUCAGUCUUUUGGUGGUGCUAGCCGCAAGGAGCACAGAGAAGAUUUAAUAAGGAGAGCGCAAGAAGAAAGGCAAAGACGAGAGGAAUUAAGAAUCCAAAAUGAAAGCGCAAUUAAAAUUCAAACCUUUUACAGAGGAUAUCGGACCCGGAAGAAAGAGGCAAUGCAUCAACGGGAAAUUUUUGAUUCAAAACUAUCUGCUUUUCCAAAACAAUCUCGUGUGAAUGUACGAAUAGUAUCAGAACUUUGCAGUCAGCUUUUGUUCUUCUACAAUGGAAAAAUGGACCAAUCUAGGCUGUUGUGGAUAUGUCAACAAAUGCUUUCACAAAAGGAAGAAGUUGUUGAACUUAUGAUAGAAAAUUUUGAUAAAAUGCUGCAUGAAAUAAAACUCGUCCUUCGUUUAUGCUUGCUUUUUCUUGAGAAUCUAAAUCCUUCAGUUUCUCUGGCAAUGCCAAUGCGAAUGUUAGAAGUAUUCACAGCAAUAGACACUUACAAAAAAAUCCCAGUGAAAAAAGACACAACCAGACCUCAUAUUGUUCAAAAUAUAUUUGAAUUUUUAUGUAACAAAGGAUACUUAAAAAGUUUAAGAGUCUUGCUUAAUGCAAAAGUUCCUGUCAGUUUGGAAAAGUCACCUAAUCCGCCUGUACCCAUCGCAGAGAGCAUUUUUGAUUUGAUCAUGCGACCUGUAAAUUUUGCUGUGUCAUCUGGCAACAAACAAUUUUGCACAAGUGUUCUUGGUGAGGUCUGCCGUGAAUUGUUCUGUCCGCCCCACACUCAGCAAAUAGAAAACUUUCUGUUACCAGCAAUGGCAUAUGGAAAAUAUCCAUUCCCAUUUGUAGAGCUGAUUCAAGCCCUCAUUGAUAAGACUGCUGAAAAGAAUGAGACAAGAGCUUUCUAUGUUAGAAAGCAACCAGAUGGUAACACAAAACUGUUUCCAGACCCUACUCCUUGGCUGUUGUAUGCUGUACUGGUGCUUGGAAAAAAUUAUAUUCAAAAUCUCACAGCUCAUCAGACAUAUAUGUAUCUAAUGAUGCUUCAAAACCUUGUCCCUACACUCCCUCUGCCUCGACUUCCAAAUCAUGAAGAUGCUGACAAUGAUGAUGAUAAUGAUUCAGAUUCUGAAGAUAUGAUUGUGGACCCAGAAGAGAAUGACGUAGCUUCUCAGGAAAAAUUGCGUGAAUCCUGCCUUCAAUUUCUUGAUUCUGUGUUUCUUGCUCGCCGUAUCAUUAUCUGCCUCAGUGAAUUGCCAACACCUAAUGUUCUUGUGGCCAUCUGCAAUAUAUGCCACAGUCUGAUGUGUGAUCAAAGAAUACCCAUUCAUAAAUUAAGAUUAUUGUAUACCUUGGCAUUCAAUGUGGAUUUUAUGAAACGGUUAUGGCUGGAAUGUACUUUAAGGUACUCUAUAUCAGUUAAUGGAACCAAGACAGCACUUAUCCACAUGUUGGCUCGAGGCAUCUCAUUAGCAGAGAAUGAUGUCCAGGUUAUUGUUCCUCUUCUUUCUGUGUUCUGCUCUGCAUUCAGCCAUUCUCUUCAUACUCUGCAUGAUUCAGAGUUUUAUGGAGAUAUUGAAACUUCAAUCCCACCUGAAUUUAAAGACACUCAUUCAGAACAAUCUACCAGUAUGCCUUUCUCCCUCAGCGAAUUGGUGCCAAUGAGCUUGACUUUGCGUGAUGCAUGCCUUGGAAUCAUCGAAUUAGCUAAUCCUGAAGCCAAGUUAGUUAUGAAUAAAGACUAUCAACAAGCUCUCAAUAAAACUAGAGUCUCUUUUAACAGUGAAGAAAAUUCAUCGAAAAAUCAACCACAUCUUUGGCGACACUUAUUUAAGUCAAUAUCUACUCUGGUGAAGCAGUUACACUCGAGAGAUACCCGCCGUCAGUUUUGCCCUCCUCAUCAUUGGCUAGCCGACCAUGUACAUGUACGUACGGAUAAGAUAUACAAUUUAAACAAUAUAAAUCAUUCAGGCCAACAGCAUAAUUCACCAUUCAUAACAAGUGAAAGUGUUAUUGAAGAUGGACCACCUUUAUCUGGCAGAGAGAUCUGGAACCUCAUCAUUUUAACAGAGCUACCUUUUGUUGUACGUUUCACUGAAAGAGUAAAGAUUUUGCAUCAAUAUAUUGGGCAAGACCGUGAAGAACACCAGUCAGAAAUGGCAAAUUUCCAAAUGGGUCCCUCCAUAAAUGUCAAAAUUAGAAGAAGCUAUAUUUAUGAAGAUGCUUUUGAGAAACUUUCUGAAGAAAAUGAACCAAACUUGAAAUUACGCCUGCGUGUGAGAUUAGUUAAUUCUGCUGGUAUGGAUGAAGCUGGAAUCGAUGGUGGGGGCUUAAGCAGAGAAUUUUUGUCUGAGCUUUUGAAAACUGGCUUUGAUCCCAACCGUGGCUUCUUCAAAUACACCAAUGACAAAGUUCUCUAUCCUAAUCCACAAGCACCAGCCCUUUUCGAAAAUUACACAGAUCAUUAUUACUUCCUUGGCAGAAUGCUUGGCAAGGCUAUCUAUGAAAAUCUUUUAGUGGAAUUACCAUUUGCUCAAUUUUUCCUGUCAAAAAUCCUGAAUCGCCAUAGUAUUGACCUUGAUAUCCAUCACUUAGCUUCACUUGAUGUAGAAAUGUACAGGAAUUUGCUUUUCUUAAAAACAUAUAAUGGAGAUGUUAAAGAACUUGGUUUGGACUUUACAGUGGUCACAGAUGAAUUAGGUGUCACAAAGACAGAGGAAUUAAAAUCAGGUGGUCAUGACCUUCAAGUUGAUAACCACAAUCGAAUUGAAUAUAUUCAUUUGAUGGCUGAUUACAAGCUCAACAAACAGAUUCGUGCCCACUGUCAUGCUUUCCGAUCAGGUCUUGCUAAUGUUGUAAAUUUGGAAUGGUUGCGAAUGUUUGACCAUCAUGAACUGCAAGAAUUAGUUUCUGGUGCCAAUAUGCCAGUUAAUCUAGAGGACCUUAAGCAGCAUACCAAUUAUUCAGGUGGUUUUACAGCUGAACAUCCUGUGAUAGCAAUCUUUUGGAAAGUUGUUCAAGACUUAACUGACCCACAGCGGCGAAAACUACUGAAAUUUGUUACCAGCUGUUCUAGACCACCACUUCUUGGUUUUAAGGACCUUUACCCUGUCUUCUGUAUUCACAAUGCUGGAAAUGAAUCUGAACGUCUACCUACAGCUAGCACCUGCAUGAAUUUGCUCAAAUUACCAGAAUUUUACAAUGAAGAAACUAUGCGAAUAGAUCCUUCUCUCUCUCUCUCUCUCUCACAUUUGUAG